CCACUAGAUGGCGAUCGAAAUGUUUGGUUUCACUUUUCAGUACUUGUGAGGCACGCUUGUUCCAGUCAGUAGUGAGAAGACGUUCCUGGGUGUUUUUGUUAGCCGUUUGUAUUUCAAAUGAAUGUGCGCUGUGGUGGAACAUCUGAGGCGAAAGAUGCCAAUGAAGAGAUAAAGUCUCAUGCCGAGGAUAAAGCUGAGCGCAAGUUUGACAUUUUCACUGCCAAAUCUUUUAAAACACAAGUUGUUGCGGGGACAAAUUACUUCAUUAAGGUGCAUGUAGGUGGGGAUGAGUACAUUCAUCUACGUGUCUAUAAAACUCUGCCCUAUGCUGGAGAAAAACUGAAGCUGCACAGCAUUCAGACAUCCAAGGCUCAUCAUGAUCCCAUUGAGUACUUCUGAAUGAAACUAAGAAAAUCAUAAUAUUGCCUAAAAUUCUCAUGAAUCUCACGGUUGCCAUUUUACCCGAUAGUGGGAUCACUACCUGCAAUGACACUAACUGUGAAUUAGGUAAUCCUUUAAAUACAUGUUUCCAUUAUGUGUGUGGCAUAGCUGUAAAAUAACAGUUUUCCAUCCCACACACUCAAAACAUCACUUAACUCACAUCUAGUUACCUAUGUCAGUAGUUUGGUCUUUGUAAUUAGUGAUACUGAUGCAGUUGAUAGGUAUUUUAUACCGAACUGGCUGUAAUGUACAUUAUUUACAUAAAGUACAUGGAUGGACAGUUUUGUUUUUGGUGGCAAAGUGGACUUUUUGCACUUGUUAUUUAAGUCAUCAUAAAAGUGCAUGAUAAUGUCAGCCGGGUUCCAUAAGAUAUGCUUAAACCCAGGGUUUUUCAAACUGGGGUCCAGGGAUACCCAGGGGAGGCAAUGGCAUGCUAGAUGGUGCAUGGAGAAGUUUAGCAAACAGUGGGGGAAAAAUGUUUUAAAUAAA